AUGGAAAAUACGUGCCGAUUAUGUUUACUGCAAUCGCCGGAAAUUGUUGAAGAAUUAUGGGAAGGAUGCGAUAUUUUGGAUAAGUUAUCCGUUUCUUUAUCUCACUACGUAUCUUUAGCAGACGAAUUGCCAAAAAAUAUAUGCUAUGCUUGUAUUAACAAAGUACAUGAUAUAUAUAAAUUUCAUCAGACAAUCAGUCAAAAUGAAAUUAUUCUGCAAAAAAAGUUGGAUAGUAUCACAUGUAAUAAUUUAAAAGUUAAUGCAAUAAAAAAAGAGAAUAUAUAUGAAAAUGAUGCAGACUAUGUAGAUUCUUUAGAAACAGAUAAGCCUUUAGAAGAAAUAAAUAUAAAACCUGAAGUAUUUCAUUGUAAAGAUAAUGUAAAUGAGUGUACUACAAGAAACAAAUCAAACAUUGACAAAUUAAAUAAUUCAAAUCAAAUUAAAAUAGAAGUAAUUAAAGAAAAUUUAACAGAAUCUAAAAUUAUUGUCAGUAGUAUAGAAGACCAUGAGGAACGAGCAGUAGACAAAAUAAAAUUUGAAGAAUCAAAACGAUUUGCAUGCCUUACUUGUUUUGAAGUAUUUUCCAACCAACUAGAGCUGUUAAGACACUAUCAAACAGUGGAGUUGGAGAAAUUUAACAAAAAUAAUACAACAAAUAUUAAAAAUAAUGAAAAUGAACUGGUUACAUAUAAAGUUCAAGAGUCAGACAAUGGUGCUUCGGUUUAUAAAUGUGAAAGAUGUCAUAAGAAAUAUAAGAACAAAACUGAUAUUAAAAGACAUAUUGUAAGUCAUGUUGAGACAAGACCAUUUUUAUGUAAACUAUGUGGAAAAACCUAUCAAACAGCAUCAAUAAUUGUUGCUCAUGGCAAAAUGCAUACAGGCGAAAUGUAUAAAUGUUCAUAUAAUUGUGGGUACAGAUCUGUUCACAAACAUGUUGUUAAAGAUCAUGAGAAACGACAUAGGAAAGAAUAUAAGUAUAAGUGCGAAGAUUGUGGAAAAGGUUUCCAAGUGAAAACAUGGUAUGAACAACAUCAGAACAUACACAAAGGUGUUAAACCAUUCUCCUGCGAAAUAUGUGGCAUGGCAUUCCAUUUACAUAAAUAUCUAACAACCCAUCGUAGUAACGUACACCCGCAGUCGUCGGGUCGAAAGCCGUGGAUAUGCAAACUCUGUUCACUGCCUUGUGACUCUAAGAACAGCUUAAAUUUACAUUUAAAGGAAAAGCAUGGCGUUAUUACUAAAAAAUCAAUACUCUGUGAUAUAUGUGGCAAAGUGGUUCGAGACACGCAACAGUUGAAACAACACAAAAGGACUGUCCAUUUGCACAUCAAACCGUAUGUUUGUGGUGUCUGUAACAAAUCGUUUCCUAAGAAAUUUACAUUAACAGUACACGAACAAACACACUCUGGGAAGCGCUACUCGUGUAACUUUUGCGAUAAAAUGUUUUCUAGAAAAAGUAGUCUACAAAGGCAUAUUUUACGAUUUCACAUGGAUUCAAAACAUAAGUGUUAUCAAUGUGACAAGUUAUUUGCAUCAAAAGGGAAGCUUACAACACAUAAAAAAGUAUGUUCUGAAACUGUCAAUCCACCAACCACAGUUCAGGAAAAUAACAUAAAAGUU